UGGCUCCCACUGCCUUUCCCUCCUCCCAGAAGAACGUCGCUUCUCUAAGCCUUCUGCAAACUUGAACCAUGAAAUCUCUGAUAGCUCUGGUCCUUCUGGGCCAGAUCCUAGCAUCCAAAGCCACCUCUGAGCCUUUCCCUCCACUCGUCUCCAGCCUUCCCGAUUGUGAUGACCCCGAGUCUGAAGCUGCAGCCAACUUUGCAGUGGAUCACAUCAACUCCCACUCUCUUCAUGGAUAUAAGUAUACCCUUAGCAGAAUCGAGAACGUCAAGGUUUUACCAAGGAGGCCAACAGGAAAAAUUUACUUGCUUGAGCUAGAUUUAGCGGAAACCAAGUGCCAUGUGCUGAGUCCAACACCUAUUCAAAAUUGUUCCGUAAGAGCAAAAGUAGAACAUGCUGUGGAAGGAGACUGCGAUGUCAAAAUGCUCCAUCUUGACGGACAGUAUAAGGUGCUCUCUACCAAAUGUCACUCAUCUCCAGACUCAAGAGAAGAUUUUGAAAAAGUUUGCCCCGACUGUGCACCCUUGGCGCUUCUAGAUGACGUUAACGUGGUGAAUGCAGUCAACACUGCACUCGCGCAGUACAAUACUUACAAUAGUACAGACCAUCACUUCGAGCUCCUUGAGAUUGCAAGAGGAAGGAACUCUCACAUGCCUCCUGGUACCUUUGUGGAAUUUGCCAUUGCUGCCACCAACUGCACAGAACAAGAAGCAAAGGAGCACAAAGAUUGCCAUGUCAUGACAGGAGAACAUGCACAAUUUGGAUUCUGCAAAGCCACCAUUUUCAAAAAGCCUUCUGGUGAAGGUCCCGCUCUUUUCGCAAUUUUCCCUAACGUAGUGAUUUGCGACAUCUUUGACAAACAGGUUGGACAUUCCCAUACCCACCUGACUAAGCAUCAUUUAGGGAAAAAGAUCCCUUCCCCUGGAGCCGGCUACUCUGUCCUGGACCUCAUCCAUUCCCACAACAACACGCUUGCAUCGCACGAGUCCCACUCGGCCGAAGUGCCAGUGGUUCAAGCAAGUCCGGUGGUCAAAAGAGCCGCAGAGGUCCCACCAGUGAUCCAACCAGCAUUACCACAUCUCCAACAGUGUCCAGGAAAAUACCGACACUUUGACAUAUAAACACAGAAUUUGCUGAGGGUAUAUAGAAUCAAUGGGAAUGUCCCAUUAAUAAACGGAUCUUUGAUGUCCCCCUAAACCUGAACUCAAGGAAGACUUUACCCUGAUAAGUCACAGCAAUAAUUGGCAAACAUUUACUCCCUCUUCUUAGCAGGGCUUUAUGGGUGAUGUCUCCAUCCUGGUGCUUGUCACAGAUUAGUAUCUUCUACUGUUUCUAUCAUUUUUAGUUUAUUAUGAAAAUAAGUUUUUAAGCCUCGAGAUCAUCAACUGGGAACAUGGAAGUAGUCAUGGAUGAUAUCAUGUGAGCAAGAGAAGAGCUGGACAGAUUUUUGGAUAUUCCAUAUCUGCCACAUAGUUUCCUAGCCUUUUCCUUUCAGUAGCAGAAAUAGAAGGAAGUGUACAAAUGAUAUAAUAUCAUAAUUUACAAUUCAGAUAAUUAAAAUAUAACCGAAUCUGUUGUUCCACAUAGAAUCAGUUCUGGGUGAUUUGUGUUUGGAAGGAAGAAUGUAUACAACAUUGGACAGAAAUGACCACAAAACCUUUACUGGGUGUCUUCUCUGUAUAUGAUUUUUUCCCCUUUCCAGUGUCCAAAAAUGCUAUGUGAUAUUGCAAAGGCAAUGCUGGAAAAUCUAUAUUCAGAGCAUAAGACAACCAAACCAUGGUGCUUCUAAAAUAAAAUAUUAAAUAAAGAA